CACAGACGGGGCGGGGCGCUCCCACCCGCAGAGGCCGCGCCUGCUCCAGGAGGACAGAGGACGAGACUCGCCCCCGGAGUGUAGACUGCCUCCCCAAACCCUCCCAACCCGGGGAAACACCACCGACUGAGCUCUCGCGCAGAAGACCUACCCGACACCCGAAGGCCUAUCAUAAAGGAACACCCAGAGAACCAAAAAUGCCUAAGCCAAUCAAUGUCCGCGUUGCCACCAUGGAUGCUGAACUGGAAUUUGCCAUCCAGCCCAAUACUACUGGAAAACAGCUCUUUGACCAGGUGGUAAAGACGAUCGGCCUGCGAGAGGUGUGGUACUUUGGCCUUCAAUAUGUGGAUAAUAAAGGAUUUCCAACCUGGCUGAAACUUGAUAAAAAGGUCUCCGCCCAGGAGGUUCGAAAGGAGAAUCCCCUCCAGUUCAAGUUCCGGGCCAAGUUCUACCCCGAAGACGUGCCUGAGGAGCUGAUCCAGGACAUCACCCAGAAGCUGUUCUUCCUGCAGGUGAAGGACGGCAUCCUCAGCGACGAGAUCUACUGCCCCCCUGAGACGGCUGUGCUCCUGGGGUCCUACGCCGUGCAGGCCAAGUUUGGAGACUACAACAAAGAGAAGCACAAGGCUGGUUACCUCAACUCAGAGCGCCUCAUCCCUCAGAGAGUGAUGGACCAGCACAAACUGUCACGGGACCAGUGGGAAGAUCGGAUCCAAGUGUGGCAUGCUGAACACCGGGGAAUGCUCAAAGAUAGUGCCAUGCAGGAGUAUCUGAAGAUCGCCCAGGACUUGGAAAUGUAUGGGAUCAACUAUUUUGAGAUCAAAAAUAAGAAAGGAACAGACCUCUGGCUUGGAGUUGACGCCCUUGGGCUGAAUAUUUACGAGAAGGAUGACAAGCUGACCCCAAAGAUUGGCUUCCCCUGGAGCGAAAUCAGAAACAUUUCUUUCAAUGACAAAAAGUUUGUCAUCAAGCCCAUCGACAAGAAGGCACCCGAUUUCGUCUUCUACGCGCCCCGCCUGCGCAUCAACAAACGGAUCCUGCAGUUGUGCAUGGGCAACCACGAGCUGUACAUGCGCCGCCGGAAGCCGGACACCAUCGAGGUGCAGCAGAUGAAGGCACAGGCACGGGAGGAGAAGCACCAGAAGGAGCUGGAGCGACAACAGCUGGAAAAUGAGAAGAAACGAAGGGAAACUGUCGAGAGGGAAAAGGAGGAGAUGUUGCGCGAAAAGGAGGAACUGAUGUUGAGGCUGCAGGACUACGAACAGAAAACGAAGAAAGCGGAGAAGGAGCUCUCCGAUCAGAUCCAGAAGGCCAUCCAGUUGGAGGAGGAGAGGAGACGUGCCCAGGAAGAGGCCGAGCGCCUGGAAGCUGAUCGCAUGGCCGCGCUCCGGGCCAAGGAGGAGCUGGAGAGACAGGCCAUGGAUCAGAUAAAGAGCCAGGAGCAGCUGGCCACGGAGCUGGCGGAAUACACGGCUAAGAUUGCUGUUCUGGAAGAAGCCAGGCGCCGCAAAGAAGAUGAGGUGGAGGAGUGGCAGCACAGGGCCAAAGAAGCCCAGGACGACUUGGUGAAGACCAAGGAAGAGCUGCACCAGGUGAUGACAGCACCGCCGCCCCCACCUCCGCCCGUCUACGAGCCGGUGAACUACCACGUCCACGAGAGCCUGCCGGAGGAGGAGACGGAGUCCCCGGACUACAGCGCCGAGUUCUCCAGCGAGGGCAUCAUGGAUGACCGCAACGAAGAGAAGCGCAUCACCGAAGCCGAGAAGAACGAGCGCGUGCAGAAGCAGCUGCUGAGUCUGACCCACGAGUUAUUGCAAGCCAGAGAUGAGAAUAAGAGGACCCACAAUGACCUCAUCCACAACGAGAACAUGCGGCAAGGCCGGGACAAGUACAAGACCCUGAGGCAGAUCCGCCAGGGGAACACCAAGCAGCGGAUCGAUGAGUUUGAAGCUAUGUAAACGGUAUGGCCCUGGGCAGCUAGGGAGGGUAGCAUCCGUGGGAAAAGGCAGAACGGUAGUUUAGAACCACAUUGACUUUGAGGAGUCACUGUAUGACACAACCUGUUCUAUAUAUAUAUAUAUACACAUUUGGAGUAUUUUCUAAAUCUUAGAAUCAUCCAUCUCCCCCAUUCAUGACGCUGUAGUUAUUGCUCACUGGGAAUCUUUGGGGGGUAGUGGGAGUGGGGAAUCUCUUCCCAUUUGUCUCCGAGUGCCAAAAAGGCCCGAUGGGUAUCUGGCAUCCCUCAUCCCUGUCAGGGCUUAGAACAGCAGCUGGCCUCCCGGAGUAAAGAAAACUUUUGUGUCUGCAGAGGGACGUGCCCUUCAAGAUGGUGUGGGUGAUGCGGGCGGUGAAAUCAGCCAAAACCAACCACGCUGUGACUGUGUUCGGUGCCAUCUUUUUUUUCCUCUCUUUCUUUUUUUUUUUUUUUAGUACCUUGUGUAAGUAGAUUUAAAAAUGCCCAACACUCGCUACUUGCUGGAUAAAAUGCAAGAUGGGAUGCAUCGACCAUUCUGGGCGGAUUUAAAAGAUGGCAACAAUUUAGAAAAGGGCUGGUCUCUUAAACACCGUAGGGUGGGGUGAUCUUUCCUCCAGUUUCAUUCCUCUUGCAAUGAUCACAUGGAAGAAAUAGAGGAUAUUCUUUGAUCCUUUUUUUCCCCAUAAAGCCUAGGUGAAUAGGAAUACUUCGUUGGACUUCUUAUGUAGGACUGAUGAACACUCAGUGUGUAUUACUCCAGCUUAAUUAAUGAUUAGCUGUAGAGUAGUAUUUAUAUACAUAAGUGAUAAAUAUGGGUUCUAAUGCUAGUUUUAAAAAGGGAAAGUUUUGUUCUGUAUAUUUUGUUACCUUUUACAGAAUAAAGAAAUUACAUAUGUAAAAACACUUGUGUAAGCAAGAUACGUAAUCAGAGGCAUGGUGCCCGCAAUAAUGAAAUUGAUUACUUGCUUAAAAAAAAUCACAUUUGUAAUGUUUUUUAAUUUGAGUGUUAUUGUUGCAUGUGAUUCAGUAUAUACACCCCUCUUCCUCCAGCCUUUUCUAACCACUUCUAAUUUUUUAAAAAAACAAUGUUUGACUGAAUAAUGUUUCAGACUCCAGCCAUGAAGGGACCGUUUAAAGCUGUGUUGAUCAACUCUGUAUUCUGUCACAGAGAGCAGUGUGUUGUAGUGUUCUAGUUCCUUUCUCCUCCCCACCUCUGAAGGGCCAUGAGGACGUCAGCGCUGCUCCUCCUCCUCUUCGCUGCUCCUUCCUUUAAGUUAAACCUUUGUCUGCAGAUGAAUUUUGCAACCCUGCGUAGAAAAUAAAAGUUCUGCAAGGUGA